AUGUCUACACAAGAUAUUCAUAAACUUUCAUCUGUAUUACGAUCAAUUGAAAUAAUUGAAGAAAAAACCAAUGCCUUAUAUUCUCAAUAUACAACACUAAUAAAUGAAAAUGAUAAUCUACAUCCACCAGUUAUUGAUGAUACAAAUAUUCAUUUACAAAUAUUUUUUCAACAUUUUGAACAAUUAUUACUAGUUGAUUUAAAAAAUCGAAAAUCAUUAUUAAAUAAUAAUAUAAAUAAACGAAAUUAUUGGAAUUUUUUUUCUGUUGCACUUAAAGAAAGUAAAGCUUUAUAUGAUACUAUAUUAUAUGUUCUUAAUAGUCAAGAAGUAAAAACUUCUACUGGUCGUGGACGUUUAUUUCUUCGUUUUUGUUUACAACAUCAUCGUUUAGGUGAUGUUAUACAACAAAGUUUUAUGAUGGAAAAAAUUGUUAAUCAAUUUUAUAUUGAUGAAUGUUUUUGGUCAACACCAAAAUAUAUGAAUCGUAUUAUUCAAGCAUUAUAUCAAUUAAAUGAUCUUCGAUAUGAUCUUCUUUCACAUUCACAAUAUCAACUUGAUAUUUGUUGGCCAACAAUCGAAUCACUUGAAAAUCGUCCAAAAACAUUAUCGGAUACUGCAGUACGAAUAAGAAAUAAUAGUGUAUCAAGUUUUAUAUCGAUGAAUAGUAUUGAUUCUCAAUCAAUUAUUUCCGUUGUUCCAGAUACUUCAACUUCAAUGCCAAUUUCAACAAUAUUAUUUCAAAAUAUUGAAUCAUCAAUAAAUGAUGGUAGUUCAGCUCAAUCAUUAUCAUCUGUUGAUGAAGAUCCUGAAAAUACAUUAAUUUAUUGGAAACAAAAAUGUCAAGAAUUAGAAAUACAAUUACAAGAAAUAAAUUCAUUAAAUUCAGUAGUAUCAAAUGAUGUUGAAAUUCAAUGUUCUAUGAAUGAAAAUAAUUCUAAUGAAUCAAUUAAUAAUAAUAAUAAUAAUAAUAAUAAUAUAUUAAUUAAUGAGAAUGAACAAUUACAAACAGAAAUUAAUAUAUUAAAAGAAGAAAUAACUAAUUUCAAUCUUCAACUUUCUUCUGUUUCAAUGCAGCAUUUAACAACAACAGAUAAAAUAAAAUCUUAUGAAAAUGAUAUAGUCAAAUAUCAAUUAUUAAUUGAGAAUAAAGAUAGUCAUUUUAAUGAAUUACAACAAAAAUAUGAUGAACAAACAAAACAUUUACAAUUAAUUCAAGAAGAAAAUUUAUCUUAUUCAAAUGAACAAAAUAAACAAAUUGAAUUAUUAAAAAUUGAACUUGAAAAAUCAACAAAAUUACUUGAAAAUGAACGAAUAUUAAUGGAAAAUGAACGAAUUAAACAAAAUAAUAUUCAAGAAAAAUUAGAAGUUUCACUCAAUGAAAUAAAACUUGAUUUUGAAGAAAUGAAACGUCGUUUAGUAAAAGCUAUUCGUGAAAAAGCUGAAUUAUUUAAUUCUCUACAUUCAUAUGAAAUAAAACUUGAAGAAGAACAAUCAAGAAAAUGGAUACCAGAUGAAGAUGUUCUCAAUUGUAUGAAAUGUAAUACAUUAUUUGGAUGGACUAUAAGAAAACAUCAUUGUCGACAUUGUCAAAAAAUAUAUUGUUAUAAUUGUUCAAAUAAUUGGAUACCAGGUUCAAAAGCCAAUUCACCACAAUAUCGUAUAUGUGAUUUUUGUAAUGAAAAAUUAUUAAAAGAAUCUCUUAUGCCUAAUGGUAUAACACAUAAUGAGGCAUUAGAUAAUCAAGAAACAAAAGAUGAAACCGAUUUUCAAUUUGAAGUUCGAGCAGAACGAUUACCAUCAACACCAGAUACACAAUCAACAUCUUAG